AAGCUACAAAAAUGACAGAGACAACGACAAAGUAAAGAAGAAAUUUAACAACAUCAAACAAAGAGGUAAAGAAAAGAUUGACAUGUUGAGAAGGCCAAAGACAGGUGGUGGUCCGGCGCCUUCUUCCCUAACAGCUUCCGAGGACGCUUUGAUGCAGGCCUUUGAAGGGCGACCACAGAUAUGUGGACUGCCGGAUGGCAUAGACACGGACGCAACUGAUGAAAUUGACAACGGCACGGCUUCUGUCUGUACAUCUUCUGCCGCCUGUACAUCUUCUGCCUGUACAUUUUCUGCCACCUGUACAUCUUCUGCCUGUACAUCUUCUGCCAUCUCUGAAUCUGCUACCCCCAAGACUGCAGCCACUGGCCAUCAAGUCUCUUCUAAAAAGCCAAAGAGAAAAGGAAUCAAGGAUGCGUAUGAAGAAGAAGAUUUGGAGAAUAUGAAACUGGAUAAUAAAAAAAUUAAGCUCCAAAUUGAGAAAUUGAUAAUUGAAAAGCAAAAACUACAGGCAGAAAAGGAGUUAAUUGAAAUUAAGAAGGCGUUUUUGGUCCGUCAGUUCGAGGAGCGAUAUCCAAAUUCGAUUAUUUAUACAAGCAAUUCAAGUCUGGGUAAUGAGUUGUAACGUUAAUUGUUUCAAUUACGAGUGUAAUUUUCUUGGAAAAUUAAAUGUACAUGACUGUAUUUAAGAAAAAAAAAUUACAUGAAACCUAUA